AUGAAGGAGGAUAAUCAGAGCAGUGUGUCCGAAUUCCUCCUCCUAGGGCUCCCCAUCCAGCCGGAGCAGCAGGGCACAUUCUUUGCCUUGUUCCUGGGCAUAUACCUCACCACAGUGCUGGGAAACCUGCUCAUCAUACUGCUUAUCAGACUAGACUCUCACCUCCACACCCCCAUGUACUUCUUUCUCAGCCACUUGGCUUUCACUGAUGUCUCUUUCUCAUCAGUCAUAGCCCCAAAGAUGCUGAUGAACAUGCAGACACAAAGUCAAUCUAUCUCAUACCCUGGGUGCAUUUCCCAGGUCUAUUUUUUCUUAUUCUUUGGAGAUAUUGACAGCUUACUUCUUACCUCCAUGGCCUAUGACAGGUACGUGGCCAUUUGUCACCCCCUUCGCUAUACCACCAUCAUGAGUCAGAGCCUGUGUUUCAUGCUAGUAAUUUUGUCGUGGGCCCACUCCUUUGCCUAUGCAUUAUUGCACACCCUGCUCCUGAUGAGCACCAUGAGGUGGGAGAACCAAAGCAGCAUGUCUGAAUUCCUCCUCCUGGGCCUCCCCAUCCAGCUGGAGCAGCAGAACAUGUUCUUCACCCUUUUCCUGGUGAUGUACCUCACCACCAUGCUGGGGAACAUGCUCAUCAUCCUGCUCAUCAGGGUGGACCCUUGCCUUCACACCCCCAUGUACUUCUUCCUCAGCCACUUGGCCUUCACUGACUUCUCUCUUUCAUCUGUCACUGUCCCAAAGAUGCUGAUGAACAUGCAUUCUGAGGAUCUAUUCAUCUCCUACGCAGGGUGUAUAACACAGAUGUAUUUUUUCAUUUUUUUUAUAGACCUGGACAAUUUCCUCCUCACCACAAUGGCAUAUGAUCGGUAUGUAGCCAUCUGUCACCCCCUCCACUAUACCACCAUCAUGAGGGAGGGGCUGUGUACCCUACUAGUAGCUGUGUCUUGGAUCCUUUCCUGUGCCAGUGCCCUGUCUCACACCAUCCCCCUGGCCCAUUUGUCCUUCUGUGAUGACAACACUAUCCCCCAUUUCUUCUGUGACCUAGCUGCCCUACUAAAGCUGUCCUGCUCGGACAUCUUCCUCAAUGAGAUGAUCAUUUUCACGGUGGGAGUGGCAGUCAUUACUCUUCCAUUAAUAUGCAUCCUCAUCUCUUAUGGCCACAUAGGGACCACCAUCCUGAAGGUUCCAUCUACCAAGGGGAUCUGCAAAGCCUUGUCCACUUGUGGCUCCCACCUUACUGUUGUGUCUCUGUAUUAUGGAACAAUUAUUGGACUGUAUUUGUUCCCCUCAUCCAACAACUCCAAUGUCAAUAACAUAAUUGCUUCUGUAAUGUAUAUAGUGGUCACCCCCUUGUUAAACCCUUUCAUUUAUAGCCUAAGGAACAGGGACAUGAAGGGGGCCCUGCAGAGACUCUUCAACAGGGUAAUAGUCUCUUCUUAG